GCGUCUCUGUGACCUAGGGGGCGGAGCCAGGGGGAAGAUGGCGGCGCCCACGGCUCCCGCUGUAGCGGCUGAGGAGCCGCAGGCUUCGGGAGGUCCCAGGCCCCCAGUGUGCCUGCUGGUGUUGGGGAUGGCGGGAUCUGGGAAGACUACCUUUGUGCAGAGGCUUACGGGACACCUGCACAGUCAAGGCUCUCCACCUUAUGUGAUCAAUCUGGACCCAGCGGUGCAUGAAGUUCCCUUUCCCGCCAACAUUGAUAUACGUGACACUGUGAAAUAUAAAGAAGUUAUGAAACAAUAUGGACUUGGACCCAAUGGUGGCAUAGUGACCUCACUCAAUCUCUUUGCUACCAGAUUUGAUCAGGUAAUGAAAUUUAUUGAGAAGGCCCAGAACAUGUCUAAAUAUGUCUUGAUCGACACACCUGGGCAGAUUGAGGUAUUCACCUGGUCAGCUUCCGGGACAAUCAUCACUGAGGCCCUGGCAUCCUCGUUCCCGACAGUUGUCAUUUAUGUAAUGGACACAUCGAGAAGUACCAAUCCGGUGACCUUCAUGUCCAAUAUGCUUUAUGCAUGCAGCAUCUUGUACAAAACCAAGCUGCCUUUCAUUGUGGUCAUGAAUAAAACUGAUAUCAUUGAUCACAGUUUUGCAGUGGAAUGGAUGCAGGAUUUUGAGACUUUCCAAGAUGCUUUGAAUCAAGAGACUACAUACGUCAGCAACCUGACUCGUUCAAUGAGCCUGGUGUUGGAUGAGUUUUAUAGCUCACUUAGGGUGGUGGGUGUCUCUGCGGUCCUGGGAACUGGCUUAGAUGAGCUCUUUGUGCAAGUUACCAGUGCUGCUGAAGAAUAUGAAAGGGAAUAUCGUCCUGAAUAUGAACGUCUGAAGAAAUCACUGGCCAGUGCACAGAGCCAGCAGCAGAAAGAGCAGCUGGAGCGCCUUCGGAAGGACAUGGGCUCCAUAGCCUUGGACCCAGGGGCUGCUAAAGACAGGUUGUCUCCCGUGCUGGACCCUUCUGACCUGAUCCUGACACGGGGAACCUUGGACGAAGAGGAUGAAGAAGCAGACAGUGACACAGAUGAUAUUGACCACAGAGUUACAGAGGAAAGUCACGAAGAGCCAGCGUUCCAGAAUUUCAUGCAGGAAUCAGUGGCACAGUACUGGAAGAGAAGCGCCAAGUAGUUCCGCCAGGGUCACAGUAACGAACUCUAAAAACAAAAACAGCUGUCUAUCUAGGGGCUACUAUAAAAGACAAGUCUGCUCAGAAUAGCAGUUUCUCCUUUUAGGGAAAUCUGGUUCAGAUGAAGCCCAGCGCAAAACACCCUCAGAUCAGCAGAUGUAUCCUGAUUACCCUGGGCCUUCUCCUUGGAUCUAACAGACAUUUUGAUGGUUCUUGGCUGCUGACCUGUGUCCCUCGAAGCCUAAAACUUCAAGUUUUAUCAUUUAAACUCAAGUACUGUUGCUGCUGAUGGAAGAGGGCCUAGAGAGAGAACUUAGUGCUCACGUCAAAUCUCUAUUACUAGGCUGGGCUUCUUGUGUCUGCUUCUCUAGCCUCUUGCCUUUGACCCUGCACAGGCUUCUCGCCCCCACCCCCCUUUAAUAGAAAGGAAAGAGGAAACACAAGCUUGUCCAGAGUGGCAGUGGAGUCCCCUUGGCAGCCAGUAUAUGAAAUGUGCCUCAAGCACGUUUGACUUCAAGGUUGCUGGGAAAAAAUGGGCCAAAGAUGGUUAACGGAUAAGAUUGUGCUUUUAGCGGUCACUUGGAUAAAGAGUUUCAAAUUUU